UCACCCGUACUGUUUUGCAGUUGACGCCCCCUCCCUCUCUCUCUAUUCUCUAACCCAACCAAAUAAUGUAUUGAUCAACACUUUUCAAAAACUACGCGUCCUUUCCAACACUACAACGAACUUCUCAGUCUCUCUCACCUCAUUCUCGUAAACCCUAACUUUCUCUCUCUAACUCUCUCUUCAUUUUUUUUAACUUUUCACUCUCUGGUCAAUUCUCAUCUCUCUGCUUCAAAUUAAUUCCUAAUUGCUCGCUUUCACUUCCUGCAAAUAGAUCCAUUUUUCUCUACCUCUCCAUGGAUAAUAGAGACUGUCGCGAUCCCGGUGGCGACUUUGCCAGUGACUCCACCUGGACGACGUCGCUUGGACCUGACUCUGAUACUGUCAAUUACUUGUUCGCCAGCGACAGAGAGAGUAGUAUACUCGGCGAAUUCGGAUGGAAUCUUACUGAUACCGGGCGGUUUGGCCACUUAGACCCGAUCGAACCUAACGAUAGGUCCGAUUUAGCAGGAAACGUUGGGUUUGCGCCUGAGAGUAGUAGCGGAUUACAUGGAUCGGUAAGUGGUGGUGGUGUUGGUGGUACAACGGGUCAAGGCGGGUCUGGUAGCGGUGGUGGUGGUGGAGGAGGCGAUGUUGUUUCGUCUUCGAAUCCUUCAGUCUCUUCAAGCUCCAGCGAAGAUCCGCCAGACAAGUCUACGAGCUCCGGCGGGAAACCACCUGACAUACCGAGUAAGGUUAGAAAGAAGGGACAGAAACGAAUGCGCCAGCCACGUUUUGCAUUUAUGACUAAGAGUGAAGUUGAUCAUCUUGAGGAUGGUUAUCGAUGGCGGAAAUAUGGACAGAAAGCAGUUAAAAAUAGUCCAUUUCCCAGGAGCUACUAUCGUUGUACAAACAGCAAAUGUACCGUGAAGAAGAGGGUUGAACGAUCUUCUGAUGAUCCAAGCAUUGUGAUUACUACAUAUGAAGGCCAGCAUUGUCAUCAUACUGUUGGUUUUCCCAGAGGUGGAAUCAUUAGUCAUGAAGCCACUUUUGUUAACCCUUUGAAUCCCCAAAUGUCGCAAUUUUAUUACCACGGAGUUCAGUUACCUCAAGAAAAUCCCCCAACUAUUGCACACUCACAGCAAGGACCGGUGCAAACAGUGGAACCCGGUGCACAACACCGCCCAACCCACCAGCUUCCAAUAGAUGAAGGACUGCUUGGCGACAUUGUGCCUCCUGGAAUGCGCAAUAGAUGAGAUUUAAAUGUAAAUACAGGUGAUGGAGUACAGAGAGAAUUGAUGUUGCAGCAUUAUAUAUGAAGGUCCAAGUCUCAUGAAAUGAAAUUAAAUGCAGAGAUGAGGCCAAAGCAUUUUUCUAGGUGGAAGUAAGUCCUAAGCUCUAAUAUCAGAAUGACCGUCUCUGAUCUCUUAGUUACAUUCAUUGAUACGUUUACAUGUACCAGGUAUUGAUCUAUGCGAGCUUGUCCUCAUUCUGCAUGCCUUUGGCUAGUGAUCAUUCAGGCGUAAUUAAAUUUUAAUUCCCGCUGGCUUAAUUAGGUCUGUAGUGGUAAUUAGCAAACCUGACGAUGGCAUUGUGAUAUAUAAAUGUAAUAAUAUUUCUACAACAGUCAUGUCAAAAAAAAAAAAAUUCUACAACAGUGUUUUUAAGUUAAUUCAUUAAUUUUUUGUGAUUUAA